AUGCCUCAUACCGCCUCCACCCGCAGCGUCGUGCCCGGCGCCAGCGUCCCCCAGCCAAACGUCAAGCGCCGCCGCGGAUCAUCCGCCUCCUCGCCCAUCUACGUGUCCUCCAUCCGCGCAGACGGCCGGCAAGCUACCGCCGCCGCGGCGCUGUUGUGCCCCUCGUGCGCCGCGGGGACAAAGAGUAUGAGCUCGACGACGACCACAUCGCCAGAAGCACGGCAGCGGCUCUUCGACGCGCUCGAAAAGGGCGAGCGCUCCGCCGCCGCCAUGACUAAACCCAUUGCGUCGCCCGAGCAGCUCACCGAAGUGCAGCUCACGCGUUGCUUCGAUAUCCUGCACGCGUGCGGGCGCGCGACGGAUACGCAGGCGACGCUCGCGACUACGCGCCACAGCAUCGACGGGUUCCUCGAGGCUGUAUUCCAGGACUGGUCGAGCGAGACGUCUGACGAGCUGCUGCGCCCAGAGCUGGAGUUUAUGGUGGACGCCGAGGUGGUGGCUGGGCGCAUCUGUGUCUCCCCGUCCAAGCACAUCACCAUCUCCGACUGCACCAGCGCGCGCCCCCCCUGCACCGUCGAAGUCGCCGCCUCGGCCGCAUACAGCAGCAACCCGGCGAUGCUGAAGCAGGAGCUCCUGACGACGGACCCGUUCACGCGGCAGCCCGAGGCGACGUGCCUGCUGGGCCGCGGCGACGUGCGCUGGGUGAGCACCGACUGGAAGGCGACGCUGCGGCAGACGCUGCUCAGCAAGGUGGUGGCCAAGGCGGCCAAGUUCAACAAGCAUCUGGCGAUAUGGAAGGCGCGCAGGCUCAUCGUGGCGUGGAGCAGGGGUUGCGUCGAGGUGGGCGUUGGAGACGCGGAAGACGAGGAGGCUGGCUUUGUGGGACGAGAGCAGGCGGAGCUGGCGCUCAUGUGCUUUGGGGGAUGA